AUGCCCCAAGAACUACACAAUCACCCUUCAACCUCACCACUCACAGUCACCAACCCCCGACUUCCACCUCCACCUCCACCUCCACACACCCCCCUCCCCAACGAAGCCUACACAAUCGGCUGGAUAUGCGCCAUCCACGUCGAAUACGUAGCUGCACGAGCCUUCCUCGACGAAAAGCACGGUCUCCCCACACAAGUCGCCCCCAACAACAGCAGCGUCUACACGCUGGGCCGAAUGGGGUCCCACAACGUGGUCAUCGGGGUGUUAGCCGCAGGGGAGUACGGGAUUGCUUCGGCGGCGAACGUGGCCAGGGACAUGCUGAACAGCUUUCCAAAUGUGCGACUCGGGUUGAUGGUAGGUAUUGGUGGGGGAGUGCCGAGUGAGAGGCAUGAUGUGCGGUUGGGGGAUGUUGUUGUUAGUGUUCCUUGUGAGGGGGUGGGUGGGGUGUUGCAGUAUGACUACGGGAAAACGGAGCAGGGCGGGGACGGUUGGACGACGAGGUUCUUGAACCUGCCGCCGGUUGCUCUGCGUGGUGCUGUGAUGGAUCUUGCGGCGCGGUAUGAGGAGGAGGGGAAUGGGUUGGAGGAUGCUGUUGAUGAUGUUUUGGGGAGGAUGCCGAAGCUGAGGAAGGGAUAUCAGCGUCCGGAGAGGGGCAGGGAUAGGUUGUAUCAGAGUGGGUUUGUACAUUCGGGGGAAGCCUGUGUGGAGGGCCGUGGUGAGGAUCCGAUGAAUCUUGUAUGGAGGCCUGAAAGGGGUGAAGAGGGUGAGAGUUUGGAAAUUCACUACGGGAUGAUAGCCUCUGCAGACCGGCCGAUGAGGGACGCUCGAGUGCGGGACAAGCUUGCCGCAGAGAAUCAUAUUCUUUGCUUUGAUGCAUCAGCUGGGGGGCUUAUGAAUUACUUUCCAUGUCUGGUUAUCCGCGGUAUAUGCGACUACUCGGAUUCGCAUGAGAGUUCGGAAUGGGAGGGGUUUGCGACGAUGGCGGCUGCGGCAUAUGGGAAGGACCUUCUUUGUCGAGUUCCAACAAGUCGAGUCGAGGCUGAGAAGAAGCUCGCUGAUAUUCUCUCAGAUGUGCACGAAAUGGUUGGAAUCAUCCACGACAGAGAACAUGAUCAAGACCGUGAGACGAUCUUGAAAUGGCUCGCUCCCACCGAAGGCCUUAAGUUUUCUUCCAAGCAGAAUGAAUACGUAAGUCUUCGGACGCACAGGACUGGCGAAUGGUUUCUCAAGACGCCGGAGUUUCAGACCUGGAUGAGAAAUGACAACCGGACCUUAUUCUGUCCUGGCAUCCCCGGGGCCGGAAAGACACUUAUGACAUCUAUUGUCGUCGAUCAUCUCGAGAAACACUUCGACAACGCCAAUAUUGCGUACGUCUAUUGCAGCUUUGGAUUGCAGGACCAAACACCAGAGGGAUUUCUUGGCAGCGUCUUGCAACAGUUGGUUCGGAAACAGUCUCCUCUUCCUAAGAUUGUCAAGGAUCUAUACAGCCGACACAAAGAUAAGAGUUCACGGCCGGGGCUUAAGGCACUUUUGGAGGUCUUAAACUCUAUUAUCCCUUCCGAUUCAAGGACAUUUAUCAUCGUCGAUGCGUUAGACGAAUGCCAAAACCAUAAUCGGUGCCGAGACAGCUUUCUGUCGGCGAUCUUUGCUGCUCAGGUCAAGACCCGACUGAGCUUCUUCGCGACGUCAAGGCCCCAGGGGGUGGAGGCUAGGUUUCGCGAGAGCAUCGUGCGAGAAAUUGUCUCUACGAAGCAUGAUCUGAAAAUAUAUCUGGACAACAGGAUUUCGUCAUGGGAAAAGGUACACGGAACAGACUUAGAUGGCCUUCGAACUACGAUCAAAACGGAAAUUAUCACGGCGGCUGACGGAAUGUUUCUGUUUGCAGUCCUCGAUAUGAACGCACUGCAAAGCCUGGAAACAAAAGGAGAGAUCCAGGAUGCUUUAAGGAACCCCUACAGAAGAGAAAACAGACUACUCGAAGCUUACGGGCAAACGAUGGAAAGAAUCCAAAGGCAGGAAGAAAGCCCGAAAAGACUCGCCAUGUGGACUCUGGCAUGGGUCCUUUAUGCCAGACGUCCACUAUCCGCGGUAGAGCUUCGGUACGCCCUUGCUCUGAAUGCAAAGCUAACGGAGGCCGAGUUUGAGAGUUACCUUCCUAAUAUAAGAAGGGUUCUAUCUCUGUGUGCUGGGCUAGUGAGUUUCGAUGAGACGAGCAAAACUAUCGACUUCGUCCACAAGUCGACGCGAGAUUACUUCGAGGCAACAAAGGGCAUUCGGUUCCUUGAUGCGGAACUGAAGAUCUCGAGGGUCUGCGCUGCCUACCUCUCAUUUGGCGCCUUCAGGAGCGGGUGCUGCCAGACGGACGAAGACUUUGAAGAGAGACUGCAGACACACCCGUUCUAUAACUACGCAGCAAACUACUGGGGCCAUCAUGCUCGCGAGUCUGCGAUUUUGUGCCCAGAAGUUAUGAACUUUCUCGAGUGCGAGACGGCAGUCCAAGCAUCGACCCAGGCACUCCUGGCUAUCAAGUGUCACCCACGGAGUCCCCAGUGCAGCCAGAAAUUCCCGAGAGAGAUGACUGGGCUUCAUUUGGCGGCGUGCUUCGGGGUUGAGGGAGCGGUCAAACACUUCCUCCAGAAAGGGAUUGCAGUCGAUGCGAAGGACACUGACGGCCAUACGCCGCUGUCGUGUGCUGCGAGGAACGGGCACGUAUCCAUCGUCCAGAUUCUGCUCGCAUCAGAAAAGGCAAAACCCGAUAUGGAAGACAGAAGCGGCUAG